AUGAUCAUGCGUGCCGGGAUGAAGCAGGCAGAGUACUUCCUCUACGGCGCCGUCGAGGAAGAGGAGGAGGAGCUGUGCCCGCACCACUUCGCACUGAACUUCGACUACUACACGCACUUCACUUCGCCCAUCCGCCGCUAUCCGGAUGUGAUGGUGCACAGAGUCCUCUGCGCACUCCUGGAUCGCCAGAUGGAGCCUCGAGGCCGUGCUCGGAGCCAGAGAGCAACCCUGUGA